AUGUGGAGACGCCAAAAUGACGAUCGGGCUCCUCUUCUUCGGAUAAUUCUAUACCUAAUUUAUUCCAGAGAAAUCCAGGGAUAUUCUUUAACAAUCACGACUCUAAUUGGUGCAGAUCGUACUCUUUAUAGUAUAGCUCUUAGUCUCGACCCUGGCCUGCAUCGUCCCCUUGCUAGCGGCCCACAUACAAAACUUGUGCCAUGUACCACAGUAGAGUUAGGCUACAAUUCUCUACUUCUAGUCUACGUUAGAGCAAAAUGUUUAAACAGCGGUAGUCCAUGCGACGGAUAG